AUGGAGGAGCUGAGCGCGGAUGAGAUUCGUCGAAGGCGCCUUGCUCGGCUGGCAGGUGGACCAUCUUCCCAGCCUACCACACCACUGACGUCACCGCAGAGAGAGACCCCACCUGGACCACCUGUCGUAGCACCAGCCCCGGGGCCAUCCCAUAGUCUAGGCCUAAAUGUCCAUAGCAUGACCCCAGCUACCUCUCCAAUCGGUGCAUCAGGAGUAGCCCACCGAAGCCAGAGCAGCGAAGGAGUGAGUUCACUCAGCAGUUCUCCAUCUAACAGCCUUGAAACACAAUCUCAGUCUCUCUCUCGGUCUCAGAGCAUGGAUAUUGAUAGUGUCUCCUGUGAGAAAAGUAUGUCCCAGGUAGAUGUGGAUUCAGGAAUUGAAAACAUGGAGGUCGAUGAAAAUGAUCGCAGAGAGAAAAGGAGCCUGACGGAUAAGGAACCUCUGUCUGGGUCUGAAGUAUCUGAGGAGCAAGCUCUACAGCUGGUCUGUAAGAUCUUCAGAGUCUCUUGGAAGGACCGAGACAGAGAUGUUAUCUUUCUGAAUUCACUCUCUGCCCAGUUUAAGCAGAACCCAAAGGAAGUGUUUUCAGAUUUCAAGGACUUGAUCGGGCAGAUUUUGAUGGAAGUGCUGAUGAUGUCCACGCAGUCAAGGGAUGAAAACCCAUUUGCCAGCCUGACAGCUACAUCACAACCGAUUGCUGCAGCUGCCCGCUCUCCUGACAGAAGCCUGAUUUUAAACAUGGGCUCUAACCCAGGAAGCAGCCCUAUGUUCUGUAAUGUGGGCUCCUUUGGUUCCAGUUCGUUAUCCAGUCUCUAUGGGACUAGUCCAGCUCCUACUACCAAUUUCACAAGCUAUGUACCAAUGACUGGUUCAUCUCUUACCCCACCAGCCAGUUCAGUUGCCACUACAUCUGUGCCUUCCAUUACUGUCAGCUCUCACCUCACAGCAACAAGCCCUUCUUGGAUGCAGCCUUCCUCUCCGAGGUACCGACCAUACACUGUUGCCCAUUCUGGAGGCUUUUCAGCUUCUUCCAUCCCGCGUUCCUUGAAUAUUUCCAUCCCAUCUAGUUCAACAAGUCCUCCAGCUGUGGCUGCUAGCCCUCCAGCCAUGCCACUCAUCACAUCCAGACAGAGACCCACAACAAUGGGUCCACCUUUGUUUACUGCUUCACCCAGUACCUUGCGCAGGCGUUCUCCUUUACUGAACAGGAUUCCUUCUAGUAUGGGAGGCUCUGGCAGCUCAAGUGUUUCCGAUUCCUGCAGUGACCACUUCACCAUUGAAAAUUGUAAGGAGACAGAGAUGCUGAACUACCUCAUUGAGUGUUUUGACAGAGUUGGAAUAGAGGAGAGAAAAGCACCAAAGAUGUGUAGCCAGCCAACAGUUAGCCAGUUACUGAGCAACAUCCGAUCACAGUGCAUUUCACAUGCUGCUUUGGUGCUACAGGGAUCCUUAACACAACCAAGGUCGUUGCAGCAGCAGUCUUUGCUGGUACCAUAUAUGCUAUGUAGGAAUCUCCCAUUCGGCUUCAUCCAAGAAUUGGUGAGAACAACUUAUCAGGAUGAAGAGGUGUUCAAACAGAUCUUUAUUCCCAUCUUACAAGGCCUGGCUGUAGCUUCCAAAGAGUGCUCCCUUGAUAGUGACAAUUUUAAAUACCCCCUUAUGGCACUAUGUGAACUUUGUGAAAUCAAAUUUGGGAAAACACACCCUAUGUGCAGUUUGGUUGUCUCUUUGCCCUUGUGGUUGCCUAAAUCUUUAAGCACAGGUGCAGGAAGAGAGCUGCAAAGACUUUCCUAUCUUGGAGCCUUCUUCAGUCUCUCUGUCUUUGCUGAAGAUGAUAACAAAGUAGUUGAAAAGUACUUCUCAGGGCCUGCCAUUACUCUUGAAAACACCCGGGUUGUUAGCCAGUCUUUGCAACAUUACCUGGAAUUAGCAAGGCAAGAGCUGUUCAAGAUUCUACAUAGUAUUUUACUGAACGGUGAAACUCGAGAAGCAGCCCUCAAUUACAUGGCAGCUAUUGUCAAUGCCAACAUGAAAAAGGCACAAAUGCAGGCAGAUGAUCGUUUGGUAUCUACAGAUGGCUUUAUGCUCAACUUCUUAUGGGUACUACAGCAACUAAGUACGAAGAUAAAGCUGGAAACAGUUGAUCCCAUGUACGUAUUUCAUCCCAGAUGUCGUAUUGACCUCCCAACAGAUGAGACAAGAGUGAAAGCAACAAUGGAAGAUGUCACAGCCUGGAUUGCUGAACUUCACAGGGAUCCGUCUCCAUUUUCUGAGCCGAAAUUCCCAACAGAAUGUUUCUUCCUAACCCUGCAUGCCCAUCAUCUCUCAAUCCUGCCAAGCUGCCGUCGGUACAUACGUAGACUGCGGGCCAUCAGGGAACUCAACAGGACUGUUGAAGAUUUGAAAAACAACGAAAGUCAGUGGAAGGAUUCUCCUCUGGCUACCAGGCAUCGAGAAAUGCUGAAACGUUGCAAGACACAGCUUAAGAAACUGGUGAGGUGCAAGGCUUGUGCAGAUGCUGGUUUGCUGGAUGAAAACUUUCUCAGGAGAUGUCUGAAUUUCUAUGGCAUGGUGAUUCAGCUGAUGCUUCGCAUUCUUGCCCCUGCCUAUCCCAACAUAGAAUUGCCUUUAACUCCUGAUGUUCCGAAGGUAUUUGCAGCAUUGCCAGAGUUUUACGUGGAAGAUGUUGCUGAAUUUUUAUUUUUUAUUGUACAAUAUGCUCCUCAGGUGCUUUAUGAGCCCUGUACUCAGGACAUAGUCAUGUUCCUUGUUGUGAUGCUGUGCAACCAGAACUACAUCCGAAAUCCUUACUUAGUAGCCAAGCUGGUGGAAGUGAUGUUCAUGACAAAUCCAGCUGUUCAGCCCCGGACACAAAAGUUCUUUGAAAUGAUUGAAAAUCAUCCUCUCUCCACUAAAUUGUUAGUCCCCUCCUUGAUGAAGUUUUACACAGAUGUUGAACAUACUGGAGCCACUAGCGAAUUCUAUGACAAGUUUACGAUCCGCUACCACAUCAGCACCAUUUUCAAAAGCCUCUGGCAGAACAUAGCUCACCAUGGUACCUUUAUGGAAGAGUUCAACUCUGGGAAGCAGUUUGUUCGCUACAUCAACAUGCUGAUAAAUGACACAACUUUCUUGCUGGAUGAGAGUCUGGAGUCACUAAAACGUAUCCAUGAAGUGCAAGAGGAGAUGAAGAAUAAAGAACAAUGGGACCUGCUGCCCAGGGAUCAGCAACAGGCUCGGCAGUCGCAGCUAGCUCAGGAUGAGCGUGUGUCUCGUUCGUAUCUUGCCCUGGCAACAGAAACUGUUGAUAUGUUCCAUAUCCUUACCAAGCAGGUUCAAAAGCCUUUUCUCAGACCUGAACUUGGACCACGAUUGGCUGCUAUGUUGAACUUUAACUUACAGCAACUGUGUGGCCCCAAGUGCCGUGACCUAAAAGUCGAAAACCCUGAGAAAUAUGGGUUUGAACCAAAGAAGCUGUUGGACCAACUGACUGACAUUUAUCUGCAGCUAGAUUGUGCUCGCUUUGCUAAAGCAAUUGCUGAUGAUCAGAGGUCCUACAGUAAAGAGCUCUUUGAGGAGGUUAUCUCAAAGAUGAGAAAGGCUGGAAUCAAGUCAACCAUAGCAAUAGAGAAAUUCAAACUGCUGGCAGAGAAAGUGGAGGAAAUUGUUGCCAAGAAUGCCCGUGCAGAAAUUGAUUACAGUGAUGCUCCAGAUGAAUUCAGAGAUCCCCUUAUGGACACUCUGAUGACUGAUCCUGUGAGGUUGCCAUCCGGAACCAUUAUGGACAGGUCGAUCAUCCUGAGGCAUCUGUUGAACUCUUCCACUGAUCCUUUCAAUCGUCAGACGCUGACAGAAAAUAUGCUGGAACCAGUGCCAGAACUUAAAGAGCAAAUCCAAGCCUGGAUGAGAGACAAGCAGAAUGCUGACCAUUAAAAAUUCCCUUGCAGUGCACGCCAACACCAAUGGGAAGAGCAGGGCGUGGGCUGUUCUGGGAAUAGUGGAGCAGACACACUUGAAAGCUAUUGAUGGGAUUAGCACGCCCACUGGCACUGCCUUGCAGUAGUGACCAGAAGCAUGUGGACAAGGAGAAAAGCGGCUUAAUUCUUGUACAUAUAUUUAAGUGAUAACGAUGGUCAAUAACAUGGAGGACAAGCUAGGAAGUUGCUUAUGUUACAAAACUGUCCUUCAGUAUGUCACAUUUUGGAGUUUUUACAGCUGAAUUAUUUUAGCAAAGAUGAAUGGAUCAGGGCAGCAUCCCUUCAACCUUAUUUUUUACAGCCAGAUAUCCGUUAAUUUGAUUGUGGUUAGAACCUUGGACAUUUUGCUGCUAAAGUAACUUUUUCCUCCUUCCCUCCCUUCUUCCUCUUCCACCCAUCAAACCUGCACUGCUGUCUUUUUUUUUUUUCUUUUGUAUUGCAAAAAAAAUCCCUGUGAAAAUCAGAAUCAUUCCCCUGCCCUCAAGAGAACAUAUUCUGUGCGAUAACUGUGCCUGCAACAAAGUGUUAAUCUUGGGAUCGUAUUUUUAUAUUACACACACUUGCAUAUUUGGUUUUUAAUUCGUCAUAGGAAUAUUUCAAAAAAGCGAAGAUUUCACACAUGGAUUUUAAUUUCCAUUCUUUGAAACGUCCCUUUUCUUUAUGUUUAUCUAGAUGCUCUGGUAUUUUUGAAAAGC